AUGGUGUACCUUAACCAUAAACCCUCUUACUCUCUCCCUCUCCCUACAGGUGCUUCUACGUUGCAGUCGCUCCAUCGAAAGCAGUAUCGUUACGGAGAAUCUCCAGCCCACCUGCCUGCCCUGCCCUCAGAUCACGUUCUCAUGGCGCCGCUAGUGAAGGUUCUUGGGAGCGCUAUAGAGCCGGGUACUUCGUGGAUUGUGGAAGAUACCGUCUGUCCCGGACUGGACACCCUUCUGUUGCCAUGGAUUGAAAGGACCGCUGAUGCGUGCUCGAGUUCUGCUGUCAUGGCUGCCUGUAGCAAACUGGCUAGCUUGCUUGGCAGCAACUGGCCCAAUUUUGAG